AUGAUGGCUGUGAGAGCACCUCUGGGGUUUAGUCCUUCGACAAACCCGUUGUUCUCCCCAUUUUCGCCCUUUGCAGACCAUCCGGACUCGCCUCGACCUCGGGCAGCCGCAAACUCUGGUCUUCCCAUGUCCGCUACUGCGUCUGCUGAGAAGAGCAAUAUCAACACUGAUAAUCAGCUCAAACCUCCACCCACCAACUAUAUCACUUCACCCCAAGAUCCCGUGGCACCUUCGCCGGUUGCCUCGGACGUGACCAACUUUGAGGACGUGGACGAAGAAGUGGAAGAGGAGGGUACAGAACGAGGCUCAGUGGCCGCCGCUGGUCCUGGAGCAUUCGAUGAGGCACAGCGACCACCAGUCACUUCUCCGUUGAGGGAGGGUCUGCAACAUAUUGCAACUCCACUACGGGUCGAGACGGGUCCAACCCUGGACGAACAAUUCCGCGCAAGACUGGAAGAGGAGAAGGAGCCUCAGUCUGUUAUCCAUAUACCAACAGGCUUUGGCAAAUUUCCGAACCAAGAGGCCUCUCAAUCUUACACCGAGAAGGAGCAGACCGAGCCACCAGAAGCCAAAGCUAAAGAAUCUCAAGCCACAGAGACCAAGGACAUCGAAAGAUCGAGGGCGGAUUCCACUGAUUCAAAGGCUUCAGGAUCUACCGUCACAAAACCGCCGGGCGCCAAACCAAGUGCUAAAGCCCAUGAGGCUCCAAUGCCUCCGACCCCGCUUCAAACCUCUCUUCCUGCACUCCCUCUUCAUGACUGGUCUCGCACUCCAAGAGCACAGACAAGACAGGACCUCAGUUCCCUGAGUCGUCCUGGCUCGAGUCUUGCUAGCAUUCUUGAGGGCGAUGACACUGACCACCCCAGCACCGAUGAAACCGGAGAUGAAAGUCAGCUCGGCCAGCGGUUUUUACGUGACGCCGAAGCGGAAAUCAAUGCCCUCCGCAAUGCCUUGUCGGAAUGCUGGACCCUGUGUAACACACUCGCCAGCUUGAGCCAUAUCCACCGUGAGAGAAUCUUCAACUUUUCCGGCCGCGGCGAUAUGCAAGAGCAAGCAUGGAAAUCCUGCUGGAAACUGUGCCAGAACCUCUACGACACCAGAGACAAUAACUUGUCGCAAACCUUUUCUCAUAACUCGUCUCGACCGACCUUGGAUCUGUGUCGUGACUUCUGUCAGGCGCUGUUUGAGGUCCGCGUGCGCGACAACGAGACAGCCGACUCGGUGCUUCGCGUCAGCUUUGAACUGAAUAAUCAUUUGUUCAACACUCAUGAUCGCAGUCUGCCCGAGGCUUUUCGGGAGAGGACGUUGGAUUUCUACAUCACUCUAUGCCACCGUCUGAUGAAACAGAAGUCUAAGCUGGCUGACGAGACAGAUUCCUUACUCCGUGCUUGUUGGUCUUUGGCGGAAAUGCUGUUCAGUCUAAGGCAGAAUCGACGAGAAGGGAAAAGACCCGAUGAAGAGCUUCUCGGCUCAGCCAUUCAAGCAUGCUGGGAGCUGUGCGACCUGUUCAGAGAGGGCUGGACGCAAAUUCGUCCUGAACGAGGCACCCCACGACCAAGCCAGACGACCUUCACCCAGGCAUUCAAUCAAGCCAAACGAUCCGGGUUUGCCCCGUUAGAUGAGAAUGGCAACCCCAGAGCCCUGCCUGAGACGCCCACCACAAUUUUCGAGGACACAAUUACCACCAUCUCCCCUGAUGAAGCCCCUGUUCCAAACAUUCUCGUCCUCGGAGCCGAAGAAGCAUCUAGGAUGUCUUCCGCUUCUUCAACCUCAUCGACCCCUGCCCCUAAUCAAAGUAGAACACUGUCACCUAAUCCUCCUACUCAGCCACGUAAUAUACAUUCUGCAAAUCCGGGAACGACCUCAGCAACUAGUCACCGAUGGUCAACGACCUCGUCCGUUCUCUCCCUUCCCGCAUCCGCGGUUUCAGAAGGAGGCCCAAAUCCCAUGUCUGCCACCACGGCGUCGACUGUUCGUACACCAGCCGAGGAUCCGACUCUCAUACUUCUCAAAACGUUGUUUGUGAAAGCUGCCCUGGCCACCGGUCGAGGAUACACGCGGACCUCGGCGGAUCCAAACUUGAACUCUCUACCAAACUUCUCCAGAAACUUGCCGGAUACUGCGUUUGGCACUCUGGCAUGGCAAGUUUCGCUAUUGGAUAAUUACCGCAAGACCAUUGCAAACGACACGACGUUUCGCAACCUGGGCGUCGCCGGAACCAUCGCCGAACAGGGACGUGUAAAUGCAGUCGAACUUGCGCGAGCGGUGCGAGGGAUGACAAGCUGUGUCUAUGGCUUUGGAUGGCUCCGAGAUUUGUACCGCUUCGUGUUCGGAUAUUAUAUUGAGGAGGCACUCAAGGGCAGCAGCUCUCAUACCGGAGGAGGUCGCAGGGCAGGUCGACAGAGUGGCCCCGCGGCGAGCCUUACGGCUGCUGUCAUGACUAACACAACGUCACCGGCGGUUGGAGUCCCUUCUACGGCAGGUAACAACGGAGCGGCAAAGGUUGGGGGAAAUGGGAACGGGAACGCACUUGCCCACGGGAGGAGGCCAGUGAGUCAGUGA